CUCUUUUGUCCCUCGCUGUGACCCGUCGGGCUCCAUGGCAACGCAGCCGCCGCUGAAGCUAACGGUUGUUUUGCUAGCAGGCGGGAGAAUUACGUCCUUUUCUGCUUCAGCGAUUAAAAGACUAAGAAUGUGACUUCACGGUAAAUCUACGGACGAUCACGUACGACCCGCUGACGAAGACAGAGGCGAACGGAGCGAUGUGAUCCUCGUUAAAGAUUCCUCCUCAAAAAGAGACGAUGACAGUGCUGAACAUCUGGGAGCUCUCCAUCCCGCUCCCAGCUGUUCUGAUGAUCACCGUGGGGGUUUACAUGAUGGUUCUGUGCGUCGGGCUGUGGGUCCGAUUCUGUCUCAAGGACCGUUGCUCUUCAGACUGUGGUGACUGCUGUCCGAACAUCUCUGUGUGUGAACAGUGCUUCAGACUCGCUGAAAUGUGCAACUGUCGUCUGCCAACCGUGCGUUCAUGUCUGGCUGAUUCGUGUCCUGCUCCGACUUGUGCCAAGUGGGACUGUGCCUGCACCUGUCAGCCUCCCGAGUGCGAGUCCUGCAACUGCCUCUGCUUCGAGAUCAGGAUCAAGUAGAAGACGAGGACGGAGGUAAACUCACUCCGGCGUCAGYGACAGGCUCCUCGUGGACAGGACGGAGUCUGUGAUGAAGAACAGUUAUAUUAACGAACAGAAAUCUUUUAAUGGAGCCGGAAACAUUCAUCCUCCUCUCACCGUCUCUCACCUCCUGCUCAGGAAACUGUGGUUGUGAGCUGCACACAUACUAAGUUUUACUAUAACCACUGAAUUUCUCUGUGACUGCUCACAGUCAAACUACAAUGUUCUACAGAACAGAUUCACUUAACUUGCUCCGUCCUGAUCCUGUCCAGGAACUGAUCAUUCAAACCUGUCUCCACUCUCCCUGAUUAACAGCUGAUCCAGACACACGUUUACAUGGGAGCCACACAGACAGUGACAAUAUCCUCAUAUUCACUUUCUCAGCAAACAACCAGGUUGGUUCUCCGUGGUCAUUGAAAAAGACUUUACAUGUGUAAACCCCCUGAAUUUAUUGAACCUGGUUCAGGAAGGUUGAAGGGAACUGGGUCCCAGAUCUCAUCACAUGGAUCCAAGAGACAUUAAACACGUAUUGAGUUCACAGCAGGUUGGUGGAUGAAGAAAAGAUGAACGGAUGCAGGAUGGAGUGAUGAUAAAAGUUUCUCACAUAAUUCAUGCGUCCACUUAAUAAACAAGUGAAGACUUCAUCAGAAACACAUUUCCCUCAGACAUCAAGAGCGUUCUGGUGCAGAGUAGAUGGACAUAAUACGCAGGACAGGAAGUAGAUGAUGUCAAACAAUUGUCAGAAUGAACUUUACAAACUUACUGGUUCAUGGUCUCAAACAGCCGGACCUUAAAUAAUGUCCCCCCCGACCCUGAGUCCUCCUGAGCCAGCUGUCCCACUGUUCUGUUGAUUUGAUGAAGAGCCAAUCACAGUGUGCUGCUCAGCUUCCUGUCCCACCUGCUCUCGACAUGUCUGACCUCCUGCCUCCGUCUGUGGCUCCGAGCUCCGAGUGCUGGCUCCGCCUGAAGAUGUCCAUUUAUUUUCGGAUAUUUUUUUUGUCGUUCUUUUCGUCAGACUUUAAUGUACGAGAACGUUUUACAUGUAAAAAAACACUGAAGUAGCUUUUUGCUGUUAUUUUAUACAUUUCUAUUUUUCAUCUUGWAAAGUUUUAUUAAAGUCUGAAAAGCUUGAAA